AUGGCCAGUGGUCCGACCGUGCCAUGGCGUCGCCUGCUGACAUCGGGGCCGGUCUGGGCGUGUGCUACCGCCGUGGCCGGCAGUCUGUGGGGACGCGCCGCACUUCUGCUGGCAGCCACCAAGUACCUGCGCCACGUGUACGGCUUCGCCCUCACCUAUGACCGCGUGCUGUCGGUGCUGCCACACGUGGGACACGUGGCGACAGCGGUGCUACUGGCUGGCCUGGUGGACAAGGCGCGCGCGCAGUCGCUCGUCUCCACCACCACGGCGCGGCGACUCAUCGUUUACAUUGCUCACCUGCCGGCCAGUGCGUUGCUGUUCGUGCUGGGCUACAGUGGCUGCGACCCCGCCGUGCCAGCAGCCCUGUACACGGCCGCCGUCGUCGUCACCGGAGCCACCCCCGCUGGCGCCACCGCCAGCUGCAUGGACCUGGCACCCAACUUCGCAGGCGUGGUGCUGGCGGUCAGCCAGACGGUAGGCGCCGCGUCCUCACUGGCUGCCGCAUACGUCGUCAGCGAGGGGCUUCACGGGUCGCUACCUGGCUCUUGGCGGAUGGUGUUUGGGGUGUCAGCGCUGGUGCUGACGUUCACCGGCAUCAUCUUCAUGGGGCUGGGCAGCGGCAGCGUGCAGCCAUGGAACUCCGUGGCGAGUGACAUGCAGCACCAGCAGCAGGCGCAACCGUCGCCCUCUGUACCGGCCACGCCCUCCCCACGCCAACAGCAGCCGCGGGAGCAGCAGCAACAGCAGCAACAGCAACAGCAGCACACAGAGUCCGCGCCGCAGCCGCUAGAGGUCUCCACCAUGAUGAUCGCGCCGGCCACCGGUGGCUGCAUCGUCUGAGUGCGAAGUCAGCCACGAUCCCGCCCGCCGUCCAUCGCUCCCAUGCCCUGUGACGCAACAUUUUCACUUCAGUGGAUAGCUGUUAAUGGCAAUUUCUCUGGCGUUUCCAAACAGUCGUAAGGCUGCAAAUGCGUGCUGGUCACGACUCCGGUAGGGAAUGCCCGCUGCAGUGGACUGUGCGAAUAUGCAGCCUCAGGACAGACUGAAAAGGCCAAAGUAGCGACCAUCGACAGCUGUCCACUGCAGAUGGCGCUAUGCGCCACUGGGGUAAUGUACUGAACGUUCUGAUAAAAAAUAAAGCAGUGCUAUGUGAAUUUUGAGAGGUUUCUUGAGUGAUCGUUACAAGGCACAUUGUCGAGUGAAUGGACGUGUUUGACAUUAACUUCAUUGACUUUGGCACAUGCGGCAUGCUACGAUUUUACAAGUAGCCUUACAGGUUGGCCCUAUAUCAGUACCCGGAUAUAAAUUUAAUAAAGCAGUAUGACGAAAUUAAGGGGAAAAACGAAACUAUCGCCUUUAAAAAUUAGAAGAUUUCCAAGUGCUGUUGAGUGACCUCAUUAAGGUUGUCGCAGAUGUCCGAGUGCAUAGCGCGGAAGUGACUGAUCCUAUUGUCUCUGUUUCAAAUCUCACUAGCAGUAACGUUCUUUUAUAUUUUUUUAAAAUUUUGUGUUUACUAACAAAUGGAAACCUUAAAUACAAAUAUUGAACACAAAAUCUUAAUAAAAAUUGCAGCAUUGUAUUUUUGAUUGCCGGUCUUAUGAAAAUAAAUUAAAAUUUGACGCAGAUAGGUGAAAUUCAUUACUGUUAACUGAAAAUGUUAUACGUGUCAAAAAUAAGGCUCGAUCUCUAGAAACGAAAAAUUAUUUGAUUUUCGAUUUUUGAUAGUUUGGAUUUUGGUAGUGGUAUUUAAUAUAUUGUGAUUAGUAACUGAAAACAGAAAGGUGAUAUUUUUAUUAAAAAAUUAUGAUUCGAUAUCUUUGUUAAUUAACAUUUUCAUUUGUUAAUAAAUAUUAGAAUUCGCGAGUUUGCCAUUGCUAGAUUUGGUAAUCUGGAAGAUCACUUGCAGGCGAUAUGUAUCGAUGGGGCGACUGUCACGGAGACAGAUAUCGAUUGUGAGAGUCGCCACGUCAUCAGCGGCAAAGAUUCUUAUAUUAUGAGUUUGGUAGAGUCUUGCGACUGAUCCCGAUAGAAAUUCGUUGACAAUCCAAUGUUUAUUGGUGCUAGUGUAAUAGAUAUGAGGGAAGGAAGUAGUGCUUCGAAUACUGCUCGUCUCACAUGGCGUAACGAACCGUACGUCUGUCAAUAUGCCUACUUCCACAGUCUGCAAUUACGUGGUAUAAAACAACUUAGUGACACUGGACCAAUUUCUUUUAUGAGUCAUAGCUAGAGUCUGUCCUGUUUAUGGAAAGAAAGGACUCGUACCAGAUGCAUACAAAUCAGGCCGAAUUGUCUAAGAUGAAAAUAUCAAUGACGAUCAAGGUAAGUGAAAUUACUAUACAUCUAAUCAUAGGAUGACAUUUAUCUCUGGUCGUUUUUCUUGGCAACGCUAUAAACAAAGUCCAUGUAGCUCAUUUUUUAUCAUCGUAGCUAUUAUCAAAUUACAAUGAAAU